UCUAGGAGAAGAGGAGGAGGAGGACAGACAAGGCCUCGGUUAUGAUCAUUGCAGUUGCCUCGAAGAAAGAAAAAAACCGGAUGCGUCUGCUUGAGUCAGAGAAAAGGGGAACACAAAAGCUGAGCUUUUAUUGGGGGGAUAUUUAGYUCAUAGACAGCCAGGCUGUAACUGGAAGAAAAACAACCCAAUUGCCCGUGAUAAAACAGGAGGGUUAWACAGCACCCAAAGAAGCGCGCGCUUUCUCGCCUCAAAGUGGAGCCACACUUGGAGAUGGCGCGCAUCCCCAAAACCAAACUAUUCAUUGAAUCUUUCAUCUUCUGGAAACGAGAUGAAUAAAUCCGCGAACUGUUAAUUUAUUUUAUUUUAUUUUGGAGGUUGCUUUCUUUGGACACAUCCUGGCUUCUUAAACAGGUUUAAAUUCGUUUAUUUCUUCUUUUAAAACGUCCUUGUCGUCACUCACGAGCCGCACUAAAACGAGCCCUCUUGACAAAAAUCAUCACGUUUAUUGGUUAUAAAAAAAGGAAAUAUUUGCCAAUAAAGGCGCGGGGAUUUGCUAUUAAAAUGUGGGAGGGGGAGGGGGGGGAUGGUGGCCCUCGCGAAGGCUGAUUUAUUAUUUAUUGUUCUGUCCCACGGUCACGUGCUUUGGGGCGCCCUAUCCAGGUUUUGGACACAUUCUUUCAGGAGGUUCUUGCAGGAAAGCUGCACCUUACAAAUGCAAUGAAUGCCAAUCCUGGAAAAUCAUAACAAUCCCCUCUUUUGUAUUUCUUCCUCUUCGUUUUCUUCUUAUUUUUAUUUAUUUAUUUAUUUAUUUACAUAUUUUUUUGUUUUAUGCGCGCGCACGAAUUUGUGAUUUCUCCCCAUCUUUUUCCUGCAAUGUCGACGUUAGGAACCAGCUACUAUGUCGACUCUCGCCUUCUUCCGGAGCAGGAGGACAUGAUGGCACCGCGCUACUCCUCGGCUGCGGCGGGGGUGGAGCAGGCGGCGGCGCUCAGCGAAUAUGGCGGACAGGAGGAGACGUGCCCCUUGCAGGCCAAGUCGUCCAUUUUCGGCGGCUCGUGGAGCAGCUCGAGCGCGGCCGCGCCGACCUACAUCCACCAGCAGCAGCAGCAGCAGCAGUACGGCAGCGGGGACGGCGACGGCGUGUUCGCGCGCUCCUCCUGGGCCCUGGAGCCGGUCUCCUCCGCGUCCCUGUGUCUGACCGGGAUCCCGCCGCACCUCUAYGAGAUCAAGCCCGAGCCGCUGAUCGGAGCCGCAGAUUGCGCCACUCUGGAGACGCACGCACCCCUUUUGUCUGACAUUGAGAACGGAGCGAGCCUCGCGGAGCUCCGGAGCUCCCCGCGCGCCUCUGGAGCCGCCGAGGAGCCGCAGGAGGAGAAAACAACGGAAACAGAAGCGAAUAACCCAUCGUCCAACUGGCUGCACGCAAAGCCCACCAGGAAGAAGCGCUGCCCCUACACGAAGCACCAGAUCCUGGAACUGGAGAAGGAGUUCCUCUUCAACAUGUACCUGCCCCGGGACCGGAGGUACGAAGUGGCCAGACUCCUGAACCUGACGGAGAGGCAGGUGAAGAUCUGGUUCCAGAACCGCAGGAUGAAGAUGAAGAAAGAAAACAAAGAGCGGCGGAAAGAAAGCUGAAGUACGUUUCUGUUUCUUUUUUUUUCUUUUUAGUUGAUUUUGGACUGAUUAGAGAAACAAAAAGGAACUCUUUAUGAUUCUUAAUGUUGUUGUUGUUAUUUAGUGUUGUUUAAAAUGCUGGAUUGUUUUGUUUUUUUAUUUCUAAAUGUUUCCUGUUUUGAGGACGAGCUGUGUCGUGAUGCGUUUAGGUGUCUUGUGUUUGUUGCGCACACAGAUUAUUAACCUUUAGACCAUUUGUUGGUUGCAUGAAAUGAUCACUGACUACCUGAAUGUUCUUAAGCUACCUAUGUGCAAAUUAUUUAAGUUGAUGUCGUUUUUUUAAAAAAAAAAUCUCAGAAAUGUUUUUAUUUUAAUUGUUUGCAUUUAAUGGAUUUAACUCUGCGCACAUUUGAAAUACCUCGUUUUGUUGUUGUUUUCAGUUCAAAAUAAAGUUGGGUUUUUAGAGCAG